AUUAACGACUAAGCUAUUCAUUUCUUCUAUAAACGAAUACGAUACUAAACUGUUUGAUGGGCUAGGGAAGUCUGAAAGAGAAAAUGUGAAAGAAUAUAGAAUUUUUGAAGAGAUAUAAACUCGAUUUUGCCAAGUUGAUAAAAUAAAAGAUAAAGAGGAAGCUGCAACAGCAUACGUCGCUAGGAUGAUCCGGUCCGUUAUCGGUGGAAUGUUAAAAGUGUGAGAUAAAACAAGGGAGUGUUCGUUUCAUUUAAAAGCGGAUGGAUAUUGUCAUGGACAAUUUCGUUUGGAACGAUUUAUAGUGAAAUAUCUCUAGAAAGAAAAAACAUACAGAAAAGCACACACAUAUGUAUAUAUAUAUACAUGUCAUAUAUAUAUAUCUGUAUACACAUACGCGCACGCAUAUAUAUGUAUAGAGAGAGAGAGAGAGAGAGAGAGAAAGAGAGAAAGUUCUAAACAGGGAUGAUCAAAUUGUAUCUGACGUUGCAACGUAAAUACAAGAUGGCCGCCGUUCGUUACGGGGGUAUACGGAACGCCCUUAACAUCGUGUCGUUCGAAGUUCCACGUGUUUUUAUUAUGUCAACGACGAAGGUCGAUUGAAAUGUAGUGUUUACGAUCGACGAAGACAAGGAUCGAAGAGAGAGAGAGAGAGACAAUCUCGAAAGGAGAAAAAGAGAGUACGAGAAAGACCAAAAAAAAAGCAAAGCAAAGCAAAGAAAAAAAAAAAAAGAGAUCGUUCGAAAUAAUUUCAUUAUGUUUUCUUAUAUACGAUACAAGAAGUUUCAUUGAAUUCAAUAGUUAAGAUAAACGUCCUUGCGAAAUAAGGAUCAAAAGGAGCGCGCCCGUGCGCGCUUUGUUACUGUUAUUAUCGUAUGUGUUAGUGGAUAUAUCAAUAAUAGUAUUACCUAUUAGAAAAUGUCGGAACACGGUGAUAGCGACGUAGACGCGACGGAGGAGAUAAACGUCGACGAUUCCGAUUCGCGUAGUUGCAGUCCACGGAAUUAUGCUAAUCAAGAGGAGCGACGGAACGUUGUACAAGAGAAUUCAGAGUGUUCGAAUUCGCCGCCACCGAGUCAGACGAGUUCUAGGACAGUACAGAACGAAUCGCCUCGUAGCCACCCCUUCAGCAUAAGUCGUCUCUUGGGAGAUAGUCAAAGGCAAAACACUAAGAGUUCGUCGUCCGAGGAGGAACUCGAUAGCGACAAGGAAAGGAAAUGGUCCUCCUGGGAGGAAGGGAAUAACAAUAAUAAUAAUAAUAAUAAUAAUAAUAACAACAAUAAUAAUAACAAUAAUAACAAUAACAAUAACAACAACAAUAGCAUCAAUCAUCGCGUUAAUUCAUUGGCUACGUUGGACGACGGACGACGUUCAUGGGGCCAAGAACUCGAAGAGAAAUUGUCCGAGAAGGACGACGACGACACAGGGAGCACGGCGGAAACGACGCAAACGACGAAUUCAACGUCCUCGAUUCACUGCACGACAGCGGCCGAUCUUCUCGCACCGUUCAGAUUAUUUCCAACCGGUUCGAGUCUUAUCUAUACAGGCGGCGGCGUCAUAAGGGUGCCUGCACACCGACCACCCGGUGCCAAUGGCGCACCAACCGGUGGUAUACCUGCUCAAGCACUUAUACCACCAUGGAGCUUGCAAGCACUUCAACAUAGUCAGCAACAGGCAGCGGCGGCGGGCUUGCAUAGGGCGAGUUUGCUCGCUAAUUUAGCUGCACAUCCGUUACAAGCGCAUCCGCAUCUUAAGGAUAGGCUAGCAGCAGUAGCUGGAGCAUUUCCAAGAAGAAUCGGUCAUCCCUAUCAAAACAGGACACCACCUAAGAGGAAGAAACCAAGAACGAGCUUCACAAGGAUACAGAUCGCCGAGUUGGAGAAACGUUUUCAUAAACAGAAGUAUCUCGCGUCGGCCGAGAGAGCGGCCUUAGCCAAGUCCUUGAAGAUGACGGAUGCGCAAGUGAAAACAUGGUUCCAAAAUAGACGAACGAAAUGGCGGAGACAAACCGCAGAGGAAAGAGAAGCGGAGAGACAAGCGGCGAAUCGAUUGAUGCUGUCACUUCAGGCAGAGGCUUUAAAUAAAGUAGCUUACCCUACUACGGUGUCAAGUCAUCCAGCUGGCAGCACGGUACCCGGUUUGGACAGGCAACAACCACCCACGGCGUUGACGCAUCCAGUGGGCCAGUGGGCCUCACCUUAUGGGCCCCCUCAGCCUCUUGCCGAGCCGAUUUGCUGAACCGUGCCAAUUCUAGUAAAUCGGGGGACUCUCGUCCGGUGGUCUUAAACGAUGACGACGAUGACGACGAUGACAACCAUAAUGACGAUGAUGACGAUGCUAACGACAGCGACAACGACUAUGACGACGACGACGACGACGACAAAAGUUUAUCGUUUUUUUUCGCGCGAUUUAUCGAUUCUUCGAACUUUUAUUUGUGUUCGAUAAAAAAGAGAAAAGAAACGAAAGAAAAGAAACGUAUUAACGGAAUACACAUAUGUAUAUG